UUUUCUCGCAAGCAGCCAUAUUGGAACUGCAAGAUGUUGAUGCCCAAGAAGAAUAGAGUGGCCAUCUAUGAACACCUCUUCAAGGAGGGUGUUAUGGUUGCAAAGAAGGACUUCAACGCCCCAAAGCAUCCAGAGUUGGAAAGUGUGCCCAACCUUCAUGUGAUCAAGGCUUUACAGUCAUUGAAAUCACGUGGUAUGGUGACUGAACAGCCCAGACCUAAGGCUGAGGGAGGUGCCGACAGACGCGGUGGAGACCGUGCUGAUAGAGACCAGUACAGGAGAGGUGGAGCACCUGGUGGAGACAAGAAGGCAGAGGUCGGUGCUGGAGCAGACCCUAGCUUCCAAUUUAGAGGAGGAUUCGGCAGGGGGCGACCACAACAGCAGUAGUUAUAAAACUGGACAAUGUGGAAUUAUAU